AUGUCGGUGCUUUGCGUCCUUUUGCUGGCUUUUGUGCUGCCGCUCAGAGGCUCGAGCUCUGCAGGAUCCACUGAGUGUAAAACAUACGAUGAAAGAUCCAGGAGUGCGGGGAAAAGCUCUCCUUCUGGGGCCACACUGGACAGAAAAGUGGUCUGCAGUAACAUGGAGUUCCGUCAGGUGCCCUCUCCUGACACAUUUCCCAACAGGACCGUCUCGCUGAUCUUGAGCAACAACAAAAUCCAGGAACUUCUGAAUGGCUCUUUUGUUGGUUUAUCAUCACUGGAGCGACUAGACAUAAAGAACAACAUAAUCACACAUAUUGAGCCAGGAGCCUUUUAUGGACUUUUCUCCCUCAAAAGAUUAGACUUGUCCAAAAACCUGAUCGGCUGCCUCCACGUGGACGUGUUUAAAGGUCUCACAAACCUUGUUAAGCUAAACCUUUCAGAGAACAAGUUUUCUUCGCUUUCUCAAGGGAUUUUCGACAGCCUUGGCUCUCUGAAGAUACUGGAGUUUGACAGCCCUUAUCUUCUGUGUGACUGUAACCUGCAAUGGUUGGUGGUCUGGAUAAAAGAGAAGGCCAUAGGAGUGAAGGAAACUCGCUGCUCGUUCCCUCGAUCCCUACAGGGUCAGUUAAUCACCACGCUCAGGGCAGAGACGCUCACCUGUGACGCUCCUCUAGAGCUUCCCUCCUUCCAGAUGACUCCGUCGCAGCAUCAGAUCGUCUUUCAGGGCGACAGUCUGCCAUUUCAGUGCAUGGCCUCAUUCGUGGACGAGGACAUGCAGGUUUUGUGGUAUCAGGAUGGGAAGAUGGUGGAACCUGACGCCACUCAGGGCAUCUACAUCGAGAAAAGCAUGGUGCAGAAUUGCUCUUUAAUAGCCAGUGCGCUGACCAUCUCCAACAUCCAGCCGGGGUUCACGGGGAACUGGGAGUGUCGUGUGCGAACCAGUCGGGGAAACAACACCAGGACGGUGCACAUUGUGGUUCUGGAGAGUUCAGCUAAAUACUGCCUGCCGGACCGAGUGUCCAACAACAAGGGCGAGUACAGGUGGUCUAUCAUGUAACACCUUCUGAAUCUGCUUGGAGAUGUGAUGGUGGAUAUCUCCAGUAAUCUGCUGCUGGCGGAUGAGCGAGUGUUGUGGAUGGCUCAGAGGGAAGCGCGCGCCUGCUCUCGUAUGGUGGAGAGUCUGCAGAGGAUCGCUCUCCUCAGAGUCAGCAAUGGAGCUCUGGCUUAUUCUACACGCAACGGCAAGCUCUUUCCUCCGACGGGAAACUCCAGCAUCCUCAGUGAUGGCAGCAAAAGGAGGAGCGUCGUCACUCCGGUUAUGAUCACGAAGAUCGAGGGAUUUCCGCUGCGGGAUCUGCUGAGUCCGGUGAACGUGACGCUGCGGCGCUUCCUGCAGGGCUCAGAUGCGGUCCCUGCUUUCUGGAACUUCAGUCUUCAGGGUGGGCAAGGUGGAUGGCAGAGCGACGGCUGCCGGAUCCUCCAUCAGGAUGACAACUUCACCACCGUGUCCUGCCAUUCACUCAAUAGCUACGCCGUGCUGAUGGAUCUGAACAGGACGGGGUACAACGUGUUCAUCUUCAGGCCUCUUCACCCUGUUAUCUACUCCACCGCAUUGGUCCUGGUGCUGUGCCUGCUGUCAGUCAUCGUCAGCUACAUCUACCAUCACAAAUCAGUGCGUAUCAGUAAGAAGUGCUGGCAUAUGCUGGUUAACCUGUGCCUGCACAUUCUCCUCACCUGUGCUGUGUUUGUGGGCGGCAUCAACCAGACAUACAAUGCGAGCGUUUGUCAAGCGAUGGGGAUAGUCCUGCAUUACUCCACUCUGGCUACAGCACUGUGGUCUGGAGUUACGGCUCGAAACAUUUACAAACAGGUGACACGCAAAGCCAAACGCUACGAGGAGCUGGACGAACCUCCACCUCCACCCAGACCCAUGCUCAGAUUCUACUUAAUAGGUGGAGGUAUACCCAUCAUUGUGUGUGGAAUAACGGCUGCAGCCAACAUCAAAAACUACGGCAGUCAAGUCAAUGCACCUUACUGCUGGAUGGCAUGGGAACCGAGCCUUGGUGCGUUUUACGGCCCUGCGGCCUUCAUCGUUUUCGUGGACUGCAUGUACUUCCUCAGCAUAUUGAUUCAGCUCCGUCGGCACCCCGAGCGCCGCUUUGAGCUCAAAGAACAAUCCGAGGAGCAGCAGCAUCUUUCAGUGACCGAAGCCACCGAAAUCACGCCGGUCCACCUGGAGUCCUCACCCACUGCACAGCCCGUUCCCAUGUCGGCUCUGGAGAACGAACACACUUUUGUUUCCCAGCUCAUGGGUGUUGCAGGAUCCCUAACUCUUUACGCAGCACUCUGGGUGUUUGGUGCUCUCGCAAUAUCUCAAGAGCAUCCGGCAGAUUUGGUGUUCGCCUGUUUAUUCGGAGCCCUCGCUUUGGGUCUCGGUGCAUUUCUUGUUGCGCACCAUUGCGUAAACCGACAAGACAUGCGACGUCAUUGGUCGCAAGCUUGUUGCCUUAUUCGUCGCAACUACGCAGUACAAGUUGAUUCCCUCCUAUUACCGAUCGCAGGAUCCAGCGGAUCAGUAAUGACAUCCAGAGGAAACGGAGAAGCUACAAAGUGUCCUGCGAGCAGCGCCGAAUCCUCCUGCACCAAUAAAAGUGCCCCAAGUCUACGCAACUCAACCCAAGGUUGCAAACUAACCAAUCUCCAAGUCGAAGCUGCUCAAUGCAAAGUAGUAGCACCUUCGACGGCCAAUGGGACGGCUGUGUUGGACAACAGCUUGACCGAGCAUUCGGUAGACAAUGAGAUUAAGAUGCACGUUGCGCCAAUCGAAAUCCAAUAUCGACCCAGUUCGGUCAACAACAACAAUCUUCCAGGCAAUGCUAAUAUUACCGGACACCCAGGGCGGCAUCACAAGAACCGUUCAAGAGCGCAUCGGGCUAGCAGGCUCACAGUUUUGCGCGAGUACUCGUAUGACGUCCCGACUAGCGUAGAAGGAAGCGUGCAAAGCGUCCCAAACAAGAGGCAUCAUCACGAGAGCCUACACGCUCGUAAUAGUCGUCGGGCAGCCUAUUUGGCAUACCGAGAACGCCAGCAGAGCCAGCUUCAGCAGGACAGCAGUGAUGCAGCCAGCACCAGCGUGCCUCGCAGAUCGCGACACUUCAGCAAAGGUACCCGCAUUGGUAAUGGUUUUGGCCACGGGAUCAGUAAUGGAGGCUUAUUGGAUGGAUCUGAGGCUGAUGUCACCAACCAAACUAAAGAGUGUCCAAAACAAACCCUCACUGUUGAGCUGGAGGUACAGCCCAAGUCUUAUGGGUUGAAUCUAGCAUGCCAAAAUGGAUCUGCCAAAGACUCUGAGAGACUAAAUGUUGAGAGUUCGGGGAAUGUUAAGACUGGCUUGUGGAAGCAUGAAACUACUGUGUAG